CCUCCCCCCCAACAAUCACGUUCACUGGGGGCUCAGUCUUAGCAGGACCCAGGACUUCCCCUUCCACUGGUGCUCAUACAAGGCUAUUCAUUGCUACCUAUGAGGUUGGAGCCCAGGAUCAGUCCAUGUAUAGUCUUUAGGUAGUGGCUUAGUCCCUGGAAGCUCUGGUUGCUUGGCAUUGUUGUUCAUAUGGGGUCUCAAGCCCCUUCAAGCUCUUCCAGUCCUUUCUCUGAUUCCUUCAACGGGGGUUCUAUUCUCAGUUCAGUGGUUUGCUGCUGGCAUCCGCCUCUGUAUUUGCUGUAUUCUGGCUGUGUCUCUCAGGAGAGAUCUACAUCCGGUUCCUGUAGGCCUGCACUUCUUUGCUUCAUCCAUCUUAUCUAAUUGGGUGGCUGUAUAUCAUUAUCAAUUAUGUCAAGUAACUGUGUAUAGAAUUAUACUGCUUUUGUUAAAUUAAUAGAAAAUUAUUGGUUAAAUUAAAAAUUAUAAAGCUGACUGUGAUGACUCAUGCCUAUAAUCCCAUUACUAGGGAGCCGGAGUCAAAGGAUUUCCAUGAGUUCAAGGCCAUCUUAGGCUAUAUGAAGAGUUCCAAGGUACCCUGUGUUACAGAAGAAAACUCAGUCUCAAGGGGAGAGAAGAAAUGAAGGAAGGAAGGAAGGAAGGAAGGAAGGAAGGAAGGAAGGAAGGAAGGAAGGAAGGAAGGAGAGAAAGAAAACUAAGUACAUAAUGAUGCCAACACAUGGGGUGCACAUCUGUGCUGGAGUGCUCUAGUUCAAAGACAGCCCAGAUUACAAAGGGGUUUCAGGCCAGCACAGGCCAUAUAAGGCCCUGAUAAAUAAUCUACAUACUUUCAACACUAGUACCAUACAUGGACUGUACAUGUUUUACCCGUGACCUUUUGCCACUGCAAGGGCUGCUGUGAUCUCACUCAGUUAAACACCCACUGUGACACGUACCUUACUUUCUCAAGCCCAGAGCAAGCACUGCACCAAUUGGACACAGGCACUGAAUGACACCAGAAGUGUUUUGUUUUUUGUGUUGUCCUCUUUUUUUUUCUUUUUCUAGCAGAACUUUGCAUGUGUUUAUAAGAUAGAUGGAGAAAAAGGCUUUUUGUAUUUGAGGGACUUCUGAUGUCCAUGCCUUCUGAAAGAGCUACCAACUCAUUAUGGCAAAGCCAUCUAGUUUCUUUAAGAACAGAUUGAAGUCUAUACUAGAAGAGAGUACAUUCUACCCAUUAUGGGACUUUCUAGACUACUGGAUCUUUAACAAUGCUUGGAUACCAAUCCUAUUCAUAAUUUUCCUAGGAGUUGCUUUUGAGAUAAUUCUUGUAAGAACGUGUGAGUUCUUUAAGAGGAAAUUUGAACUAUGGGAAAAUGGUAGUUCAGGUUCUCAGAAGCAGAAUGAAGAUGGUUUCCCAAAAGGCAUGACAUUUGCUUUAGAGAGCUGGUCAAUUACCCACACAUCUUCAGCAGAAAGAAUUGAAACCUUUUCAGGAAGAGUUACAACUACUUCUCCAUCUGAAGAGAAUGGAGAUAACAGUAGAGAAAGAGCUUUUUCUUCAUAUGAUGACUGUGAAUUUCAAGAAAGCCAUUUUUGUGAAAGUCACUCAUCUUCAGGUGGGACUAGUGGACCUUUGUCAAUGUUUCACUCAAAAGUAAAAAAAAUUUUCAUAAGCCACAGAAAAGAUCAGCAAAGUAAAUAUCAAGAAAUACACUUUUCUGCUAGUAAUUUAUUUUCAAUAAUGAAAAGCAACAGCACAAAAGACUCACUCCCUGAUGAUGUUAGCUUUCAAAGCACUUUUCAAUUUAUAAGAGAUAAGGAUCUCAAUGUGACACCAUGCCCCCUUGUCCAUUUAUUUCUUUCUGGUGACCAAAUUAGACAAGUAGAAGAAAAUAUAAGAAGAAAAAUCCCUGUGAACCCCAAAGCUCGGUCAGCUGAUUCAAAAGAUCAGCAAAGUAAAUAUCAAGAAAUACACUUUUCCACUAGUAAUUUAUUUUCAAUAAUGAAAACCAACAGUACAAAAGACUCACUUCCUGAUGAUAUUAACUUUCAAAGCACUUUUCAAUUUAUAAGAGAUAAGGAUCUCAAUGUGACACCAUGCCCCCUUGUCCAUUUAUUUCUUUCUGAUGACCAAAUUAGACAAGUAGAAGAAAAUAUAAGAAGAAAAAUCCCUGUGAACCCCAAAGCUAGGUUAGUGAGAGAAGCUGAUUGUCUGCACCACCAAUUUCAGGAACCAUUAAUUUAUAAUGUACAUUCUAAUAAAAUAUUUAGUCCUCCCAAAGCACAAGAUACUUUCGUGGACCAAAAUGCCAUACAGAAUCAAAUGACUCAUGAAGCACAUUUUACUAGACAAACCCAAGAGUUUAUUUAUAACCAAGAGUCAGUCAGCACGCAGCACAGUUUUGCUCAACCUCUAAAUUUUAUGACAAUGCCAUUUUCUAGCAGCAUGCAAGACUCCUUCCAGGCCCAAGAUAUAUAUCAUAAUGAUAAGAGCCAACAUUUCAUCGAUAUACCAUGUAUUGUUGAAAUAAAAGGCUCAACCAAGGACAUAAAGUCUGAUGAACAUAUCAGUGGGACCCAAAAUUCUAUUGAUUUUAAUGACCCAAACAAGAGUAGCUAUUUAGUCAAAGAGCAACGUAGUGAUUUCCAAAAUGCUGAAUUUCUAUCUUUAAGUUCACAUUCGUUUGCUGAAGCUGUGACACAACAAAACACAAUGCCAGAAGCCCAGCAAUUCAUGGCUUCAUUGGAUUCAAACCAGUAUCAUGCAUACAGUUCAAUGUCUCUUUCAUCCAUCAUUAAAAAGCAAGGGAGAAAGAUACUAGACAAUGAAAAAAAGCUUAGACUUAAAGUUCUAUCUCUAAAAGCAAAGAAAAUGUCUUGUUCACAGGUAUUUCCAAUCAUAGUAUGUCAUACUUCAGGAAGUAAGAUUGAGUUAAGAUGUAAGAAGAAAAAAAUAGUACAUCAAAGGAAAAUAAUGUCAGAUAUAGCAUUGUACCUUAUUUCUAAGCUAAGCUCUAAACUCAUCACUCGCCAUGUUAAAAAGUAUUUCAUAAAAAGUCUAAAGAUGGUCAUUCCAGACUUAAUAAAUCAUGAACAUUUUCUGCAGGAGCAACAUAGAUUAACAGAUACAGAAAAAACCAAUUAUCCAAGUUCUACUGAUAGAGUAAGCUUGAGUAUUACUAAAAAUAUAGAACACUCAUCCAUGAUCAACACUAAGGAAGUGGCAGCUCCUUGUUCAUUAUUUGAAACAAGUAGAGACGGAACUAGUGAGGACUCAGUUCAGCACACACUUGACCUGAACAUUCCAAAGCAUGAGGCGCUUUCAGAAGUGUUAUCAGAGUCUCUACAGAAAGAUGUUUCAUUACCCAAAAUAGAAGUUCAGAAGGACAUACAAACUACAAAGAAUGUAGACGAGUUGACACUCAGUAUACCAAACACACAAAAGUGCUUUCUAAACGAAAGAAUACAGAAUGCCAAAAAUUUAAAAGAAAUCGAUCUGAGCUUUUCAGGUAUCAAUUUACUUAUUACCCUAGUAUCCCAAAAGCAUGAGAAAAAUGAAUUGAAAGAUAUAAAUGUUCAAGUGAUUACGAGAAGCAUAAAUCUGAAGGAAGAGAAACCACUAAUGACUAUUACAGAAUAUGACAAUAUUACAGAAACUGACAGUGAAAAGCUGGAAAGCAACGCCUCAAGCAAUACAAAAAAUAGACAUCAAUAUGAAAGAGUGUCAGAUACCUCUCAUGAUACUAUGCAGGCUAUGAUUUCUGAACCCUGUGAUAUGGAAAUAUAUAGCAAAUUAAAAGCCAAGGCAGAUACACCAAUAGUAAAUUAUAGUCACUCUGAACUACAAGAGAAACUACUAGAUGAAAAGAAAAUCCAGGAACUAAAGCACAUUGAUGAUAGCUCCAUAGUUAGAAAGCCACAAGAAUGCAACGGGGAUAAAGAAAAAAGUACAGAAACCGUUCCACUGCUGACAGAAGACUUGAGAGUCAUUGUAUGUCUUAAGCAAAAGGUUGAAAGUGUCCAAUUUGAAAUGGGACAGGAGCACUUAGAAAAUAAAACAAUUCAAAGUAAAGAGAAAAAAGUAGAGUCACAGACUAUUUCUACACAGACGGUAUGGGAGACCAGCUCAUGUCCUUCGACAGAGCCACUACAAGUUGAAAAAGUGUGGCAAAGAAUAGACAAAGCUACAGACACAGAAGAGGCUGCAGGUCCCAUGCACCCACCUUCAAUGCCAGAGAACUUGCCUACUAGUGAACAUUUAAUUGAAAAAACAGAAUGUUGUUUCCCUUUUAAUGGCAAGGACAAAAAGUCAUUGGAUGGUCCUAUUACAGAAGACAAAGAAGAUUGGAUAAAAGACUUAUGUGCAGUUGCCACAGGACCUUUCAAAACCAGAAAAAAAUCAUCAGGAACAAAAAAUGUAAUCAGGGUCAAACAUAAAAUUAUAAAAGUGAAGAAACCUGCAUUUACCCAGAGACUUUGUGUUAGGGCAUGUGACACUCUGAUCCGUAGGAGAAGAGUGGGAGGCAGCUUUGAAAGCACUACUAAACAAAUGCUAUGUAAUGCAGCGUUGGCACUCAGGCCUCUCAGUGUUCACCCUCAGAGAUCUAGCAUUCCUAAUAAUACAGUAAAUAUCCAAAUAGCACACCCCAAACCCCAAGUUGAAAAGGAAGAACAUAAUUUAGAUUCACUUACUAAAGAAAAUGAAGCUAGCAAUACCCUAGAAGUUCAGUCCUGCCACGGUGGGAAAGUGGUGGGACAGGUGCUGCGGGAGAGAGGGGCUCACAGUAAGAGGAGCUUCAGUUGUGAUACACAGCCGGUGAAGGAGGUUAAAAUGGAGAGUGAAAUGUUUCAAGCAGAAUUUUACACAGAAGCAACUGAGAAUCCAGUUGACUCAUUAAGAAUGGAUUCGCUUUAUGUUGAGAAUAUAAAGAACAGCACAUCUACACAAACAGAGCUCCUAAAUUCUGCAGAAUCAGAGUUGGGUCCUCCAACAUCAGAAAAAUUAGUGAUGGGAGACUCUCUGAGCCAGUCAAGAGAAAGCAGUGCUCUGAGUAUUGGGAAUGAUGCAGAGGGAAUUAGCUGCGCUUUUACGCAAAAAGCUCUGUUGUGGCUUUUAACUUACUGCAUGCCUAUUUUGACUCGAUCUAAAAAGAAAAAAGACCAAACAAAAUUCGCAAACAUAAGUAUAGUGAAGAUGAAAUAUGUAAAGAAGGUGAAACCACCAGCUUCAAAAACAUUCACUAUCAGAGGCAAUAAAAAGUCAAAAUUAAGCCUCAAGGCCAAAUUUAAAAAGAUAAGCCAAGCUAAAGCAUUUUUACCUGAAUGGCAGAACACUGUUUGUUUAACCAUUGAUAGUGGAUUUCGGGAGGUGUUCCAUCAUGCGCAACUAAAGCAGGGAGAGCAAGCAAGCAAAGUCCGUGUUGCUUACACUGCUGGGAGUAGUGAAUUCUACAAUAGAGAGAAAAAACCUCAAAAAGAGAAACAAAACCCCUUUCUACAGCAUGGCCAACAUCUGUGGGCUGACGCAGAUGAGAGGACGGAAACUCUCCCAGACCUAUCACUCUCCCCUAUAUGUCAAAGACCAUCUGUUAACAGUCAAAAUAUAAAAAUCCAAAACAAUUCCCUGCAAAAUGCUUUAAAGGCUAACCUACAAAUGGAUCCCCUAGAGGCUGAAGGAUUACAGAAAACUACCAAAGCAGAAAAUGGUGUAAACUUUCCUGUGGUUCCUAAAAUUUUAUCUGAAGUAGGGACCUUUUCGCCUGGUGAUUUUGCAAACCAAACAGAUGAAAAUUUAGAAUUUAAAAAAAUCUCUGAAAGUAAAUUAGAUUUGUAUCCUGUAGUAAACUAUUCAGAGACAUCAGCAAACCUGCCGGUGACAUUCCUGCAGUCUUCCGACUCUGUUACAAGGUCCUUUGUUUAUGGACAUAAAGGAGAGAGAAAAACACCAAGAUCAAAGAAGCAGACACCAUUGAGUCAGAGACGUAGAACUAUGAGUGAAAUAGAACCACAGACAGUUAACUUCAGGUUCGGCAAAAAACUGAAAUGUAACAAAGAAAUGAAAGAUCUGCAGCAAAGAGCUAACAUAGCAGCUGCCUGUUUGUACAUUGUUCCUUCCAAGGCACAUAUUUUGUCCAAAAUAAAUAUUAGAAGAUCAAAACCCUGGACAGAAAAACAGAGAAUAAGAAGACUUGGUCAUUUGCAACUAAUGCAAGAGAAGUCACCAAGCGGAAGAAAUGCAGUCCGCUCAGGUUCUGCCGAUGCAAGUAGUUUUUCUAGCCUGAGGAGCUAUGGAGAGGAGGGGAAAGGGAAGCCAGAAGACUUCCCGACCUCAAAAAAGAGCCCUUGUCUUGUAUUUGGUAUGAAUCAAGAAAAAGACCACAAUCUUCUUAGAUCAGACAAACAACUGAACCAAGUAAAGAGAACAACUACUCAGGUAGUACCACAAAUACUCACAGAAGCUAUUUCAUGUUCUGCAACAUUCCCCAUCCCAGACGAAUUUCCAUUGGAAAAGCCAGCACCCUAUCUCAGCGUUUACCCUUUAAAGUUUGGGGAAGUCAAGAACAAUGCAUUAUCUAAAAGAGAAUGUGGUUUAUCUCAUGAAAGACAACCCAACAAACACACUGGUGACAGUGAAAAGGAGGCAAAGGAACUAUCGGUCUCAUACAUUAAUCCAAACCAUAGUAGGGAAAUGAAAUGUUACUCAACCCAAAUGAAACACACAUAUCAGGAGAAAAACUUUGCGGAUGAAACUUCCUCUUCAAACAAUGCUGCACCUGAAGUUAAUAUGAGCAACAAGAUAGAGAAAGGCUCACUGAGCGAGAAAGCACCCUGUUUCAUGCAAAUGAAGUCAGAGACACUGUGUCACAAAGGGAAGUUUAUUUCAGAUGAAAUCAAAGAAAUUGAUAUUCAAGAUAAAGAAGAAAAGCAAAAUAAUGACACAUUAUCAAUGUUACUCCCACGGCAUAGCCAACAUUUUAUCUUUUAUUCACAUCCAAGCAGGGAUCCUAACUCUCAUAAAGGAGUGAAACAAAGAGGGAGAGACCUUCUGUUCAUUGUGGAACAAGAUGUCGCACAGCAGAGUGAGUCAGCAGAUAAAACUCUCGGAGAGUAUGACAUGUUUACAUCAAGUUCAAAGCUUCAUUCCCUAAAGUCAGAAGAGUCACAAAUAGAAGUUCUUAACACUGUUAGGAAAAAAUGUCCCAGCUCAGCUGACGGAGCUCAGGCACAGGAACUGAACAAGUGGACUAAGCUGGACAGAGAUGAGCUUAAAAAUGAUCUACAACCAAAUAUCUUAGAGUCUUUGAAUCUCUCAACUCCCGGUGUACCAAGAUCUAAAAGACAGAGCAAGGUGUUUACAGACAAAACCUUACAAGGUAAAAUGUCUUCAACAGGUGUGACUAUGAAAGGAAAGAAAGCAUUCGUUUCUAAGGUAUUAACUAUUCCACAGUGUGGUCAUAGGAAAAAACUACUUCCCAAAACCUUGAAAUCACAGAUCUGUGAAUUACUAAUAAAAUCUGGGGUCUUACUUGAUAGUCUUAAUAUAAUCAUAUUAGGAGACCCAACAUUAGAGAAAAGUAAAAGAUUAACACAGAAAUUGGCAGCAAUAGCGUUAGACACUUUGGAUUUGUCCACACCUACAUAUAAAGAAAGUAAGAAUUUAAAAUUCAUAGAAAAGGGAGAUGAAAUGAGUACCGAUCAUCUAGCUGCUAAAGCACGUGCUACAGAAUGUGUAACGCCAAAACAAUGUAAACCUGUGACAGUUCCACCCCUAAAUGCCAUCUCUUCUAUGCCUGUGUCUCUCGAUGUUAGUACAUGUACUAGAGUAAAAGAUAGGGAUAUAAUGUGGACAAGAUCUAGUCAUGAGCUUCACAGCCAGUCCGUACAUGAAGAGAGAUCUUGUCAUGCAUACUCCACUGACAAGGAUGCUACUUCAAAUGGCACCAAAGAUAUAAAAAGUCAAGGUGAAGAAGGAAACCCACUGAGUUCCCAGCACUUCAGUUUCAGUUCUCAGACUACGGCAGGGCCUAAUUCUGUGAAAUCUGGUUUACAGUUGAUUAAUUCGGCACCGUGUUGUGAGUUAGAGAGAGCUCUAUAUGAUGGGCAAGCACAGCCAGUCAGUGUAAGUAACCAGCCAAGCAGCACAGGAGGGGUAAUGUUACAACUUCUAAAUACAGAGGAAUCUGAGAUUGGCCCUGCCCCAUGUGACAACACCUGGGAUAGAAAUCCCAAGAGAAAGUAUGCCUACCCCAUUUCUGAACAAAAAGCAUGGAGUCAAAAGAACUUGAGGACUUUGAAACCUUUACAGGAGCCCAGCCUUACAUCAUCUGAAAAAAAAGGUGAGAACUGCACAUUACAGUUUCCAGGCAAAAGAGAGGUGAGUCCCAUGACAAAACAAGCUUCAAAGCUGCUUAGUAUUGCAAGGCAGAACCCAAGAGUCCAUAAAAAGAAAAGGUACCAUAAUAGUAAACACCUAUUGAGAAAGAUAGUGCAUGCUAUUGAAGCUGUUGAAAUUUGUGCACUCAAAUUGAUAACUGAUAAACUGUUACUUAAUACAGCAGAAGGGACUGAUUUUUAUAGACAAAUACCUCAAAGAUCUAUAGCAGAGGAAAAAGCAAAGUUACAAGCAAACUUAGCCACAACUUUCUUGGGACCUUAUAAUUUCCAACCUGCUUUAUUUGACUUUAAAAGCCAGGUAAACAUGAUUAAAUUACCAGAAAAUGAAAGUGUGUUGAAUCAGAGAUUUUCAACUAUGAAAAAAAAGAAGCUAUUAGUUUCAAAGAUAAUUAAAAUAAGUGGAUACUCUAUUACAAACCAUAAGAAAGUUAAAUUAAGAGUCAAAAUGAAAGCCAUACAACUCAGUGGAAACAUAACUGAUAUACUUCAAAACACUGUUCACUUCAUAUCAACUACUAAUAGAAAAAGUAAAUUCAAAGCAGAGGGAAGUUUGGGAAUAUCAAAAUUUACUCAGACACAGCCAAUACAUAUGGAGUCAUUAGUUGAAGACAUGGAGUACAAUGAUUCUAUUGACAAAGAUGGUUCCAACACACAAGAAAGCCUCGAAAAUGCACUUUCAAAUGUGAGGAAGUCACAGAAUUGCUUAGAAAUCUGUGAGCCGGCCAAUGACACUACCAAACUUGGCAAAAAGAAAACUGACCAAUCUUUUUUAAAAGAAAAAUCUCCAUUUUAUUUGACAGAAAUUGUUACUUCUAUUACCAGGAAUUUAAUAACUUCCAAAGAAUUUAAAAAGCAGAUUGGUAACAUGAGAAUGCCUAACCUGUCAGCUCAAAAUGGUGUGCCUUCACAGGUAAUGGAGGCCACAGAUUCACAGUCACCUCAUGUAGAAUUUGAGACACUAAGAACCCCAGAGAUAAAAGUAGAUAAUGAUGAGGUAAAUACAAACAUAAAAUUUGUCUAUCCAUGUAUUCAACAUAUAAAAACAGAACUAUCCCAUAAAAUAUGGGAUAUUUAUAGAAAAUCUGCAAAAGGAAAUCGCUUGAACAAAGCAAUAGUGAAGAGGAAAGAGGAGUUUGGACAGCCAGUUUUGUUUAAAAUACCUUCACAGAGAGUCCAGCCAUUUGAAGCAGAUCAAAUGAGACAAUCUCAUCCUUUCAAACCAGAAGUCUUUUCAGCUAACAUGGUUCACCCCAAGGACAUAACGCUUCAGAAAAGAGCUAUUUAUUUAAUAGAUCAAGAAGGAAACACAAAAGCUGGAGAAGAGUUUGGCCAAGAGGCUGUCCUUCCUUGUAAUGCACAUUCUCUUCACGUUGAAAAGCAGAACAAUGAAUUUAAAACAGGUUGGAAAACAACGUCUUCACCUUGUGCCCUGCUCAAGAAACAGGAAAAGCCUACUAUCUUAGAACCUAUGUGGGGAUCUUAUGCGAGUGACCAUACCUAUCUGGAAACCACAAGACAAAAAGAUAAGGCAAAAGUAUUGAGUAUGAAAAGUGCUGUGUGUGUCAAACAAAUAAAGCUGAAGGCCAAGAAAACACCAGUUUCUCUACUUCUUGCACAUGGGGGCAGAAGCAGUAAAAAAGAACUAGGACAUAGCAUGCAGCAUCAGAGCACAUUAGAGCUGAGGAGAAAUAUAAAAAACCUGUUUGGAAAAACUAAUUUGGACCCCAAGUGCUUUAUCUCCCCAGUUAAAAUACUUACCAGAGUAAAACUGGAGAGAGGCGAGUUGGAAGAGAGCAAAAGCAUUCUUCCACAGGUAAUUCUGGAGAAACCAUCUAACCAAAGGCAAAUGUCAGGCUCAGGAGGUGUUGAUGAAUCUAGAAAACUAGAAGAAAAUAUUAAAGAGGCACAUGAUCAUAGCUCUUUCAAGGACACUCACCAGCAAUUUUGGGUUAAGUCAGACCACACUUGCAAACCAGAAGAUUUACGAAGAAGGAUGAACUCUGAGUUAACGUCACAAAAAGCAGAAACUGAUAGUCUUGGGCUAGAUAACCCAAGUACUAUAAGAACAAAUGUCUACAGUGACCCACAAGAUAGCCUACAACACAAAAAUUCCCUGGAGAAAGGGACAUGGAGACCAGAAAUGGCUCUCCAGCCAAUGAAACCGUUUUCUCAUUUCAGAAUGACAAAUGAAAUCAUAAUGAAACAAGAUAUCAAGCCAUCAAGUCCACAGAGGACGGUAAGACUGGAAGUAAUGGACAAGCCAUUCGAUUCAAAGGAACUGUUGCUUACUCCCAGUUGUAUGGUACAGCAACAAAAUCUUUUCACAGAUCCUCUUCUGGGAUCCAUUUCCCCUCAUGUACCACACCAGCCUCAUACUGAAGAGUCAAAAGAAGUCAUGAAAAUAAGUAAUAAAAUCUUAAAUAAUUUGACCCAACAGCAAAAGAAUACCCCAAAUGAAGACGAUAUUUCUGAUAUGGAUCACAUGCCAAGAAGUAUUGAAAAAUUACUCUUGCUUAUUAAAGAACAGGAAAAGAGAAGGAAAAAAAGUAGAGGGGUUAAAAAAAUUGAAGUAGCAAAAGACAUAAAAACAACAAUGAGGAAGUCAAUUUCAUUUCUAAAUGAUUCACCAUCAAGGACGCAAUUUAUCAACAGUGGUAUGUCCAGGCAAAGAGAUGGGACAGAGCCAAAAAGGAGUGUAGACUCAUUGUGCAGAGAGCAAAGGCUGUGUGUACAAGGGAUCAGCCUAGACGGUGUUUAUACAGAUGAGCCUGCUUCCAAAGUUACACGUCAAAACAGAAGAACACCAUUCACAGAAAGUGUCCUGUAUCAAAAUAGGACAAAUACGAAGGUGAGGAAGACAACUUCUGGAAGGCUGCUUAACAUUGCAGGAUAUAGAAGCCUUAGCUUCAGAAAGGAACUAAGACAUAGCAUGAAGACACAGAAGGAGCUGGCACAAGUAAAAAUGGUGGCAGAUUUAAUUUGGAAGGAGUUGUGUGCUUCUGGCUACCUUGCAUCUCAAAUAAAAAAACUUAUGGAAGUUAGAGAGGGGAAAGGCAAACUACAAAAACCAUAUAUUCCUCCACAAAUGACACUGAAGAAAAUGAAUGAAACUAAAAGGUUAUCUGUACAGCCAAUAUCAAGCACUGUCAGAAAACCAACACAAUAUACUAUAAAGCACAAAGAACACCAAAUGGUUUUAUUAGAUAUUAUUCCACAAAAUAAAGAUCCAGUAAUGACUGGUCAACAGGUGAAGGAGCUUAGACUUAUCAACUUCAAUUCCCAUUUGGAACCAGAAGCAUACCGUGUUGUAUUUCCAGAGACGGGAGAAACUGAUUACAGUAGGCUUGAGGCUCAAAGACCCAGAGAAAUUGCAGAUUAUGAAUUCUCCACUGCACAAAGCAUAAAGCAGGGAGUUGUGAAAGACUCCGUCAAACAUGCACUUUCAAUUCCACCCAGGAGAGGAGGACCCAAGAAAAUAAAUAUAUUAAGUCCCAAAGAACAUGACGUAUUUCUCAUGGGGCUGGAUACUUUCCAGGAAAAAGCAUGUAAGGUGCAAGAACUGCUUAAACAAAGCACUCCCAGGGUAAGCUCGGGGUCUGUUGCCUGUCCAGUUAAGCAGUCCUUUGACUCAGAAAACACUAAGGUACCUAAGAAAGUGGGUAUGUAUCAUAGCAUAAAAAAUAUUUCCCAUAUCUCUGGAAAAGAAGGAUUAAGAGAAACUGACACAGAACUAGGUUCCAAAGCACAGGCAUCUCUCUGCCCAGAUCUAGAGGCUCUACACAAAACAGUUACAGCUCAGAAAGACUGUACAAAGACCACUCAGAAGCCUAGAAUCAUUCCGCAUUCUGUACAUUGCCACAAGAGGGCUCCUUUCUACUUAAAACAAAUCUGGAGUCCGACAAUGAAGGACAGUGGUGUAGGGCCCAAAAGGGAUCUCAAGGGAAAAGAAAAGGCAGAACCAGUUGACAGUCCAUUAAAAUUAAACAGACAGAAAGUGGACAGUUCCAAAAAAUUGAGGCCAAGAUACUUGGUUAUUUUUAUCCAGAACAAAGAACAAAUUCUGGAAUUUUUUUUAUCUUGUAUAUUAUAUCAACUUCAGUAUGAAAAUACACAGAAACAAAUCUCAGCAAAAGCAGCUCUACAUCCAAAAGUUUUUAAACCAGUGGUAGAAAAAACAUCAAGUGAAGUAAAUGUUCUAGGAGAUCAAUCUUCAAGUUCAGAAGGAGUUACCCUGCAUACUAAAGGAGGCAAGGAUUGGCAAGAAAAUGCAUGCAAGGCUUUCCAAGUGUCUAACCCUCAAUCUUUGAUGGAUAUACAUAGGAUUACACCACCACAGAUAAAGAAGGCAUUAAAAGCAGUAGGUAACCUGGACUAUAACACCUUAAAUAGAGAAUAUGGAGAACAGCAAAGAAGAAUAAAAAAAUUAAACCAGCACUACCUGCCAUUUUCUUUCAAGAAUCCAGAGGAACAUGUAUUUUGCUCCCCAAAUUAUUCUUAUGUCCAAUCACAUUUAGAGCCUCAGGCAAAGGAAGCAUUGUCAAAAGAAGCCAACACAUCAAGCAGGACAAAGGGGCUAGAUUUGUCAUCUACAGAUCAACUAAGUACUGCAUGUGAAUGUAGACCAAAGUGGAUUUUUCCCUCAAUUAUUUCAGAGCAAUCAACAAAACAAGAUGAGGUGGUGCCUUUGGAGUCAGGCAGUAAAACUAUAAAAUGCCCAGGCCUUUUGUUGUCAGAAAGAAAGCAGUCAUCUGAUGGAACACAGAGAAUUGAAUCAGUGUCAAAUGAUCGCUUGCCCAUGCUAAGAGUCAGCACAAAGGAAUUGUUAUCACAUAAAGCAACAAACGAGAAGCAACAGGAGCUAUAUCUACCUGAGGUGUUCAUGCAUUGCCUUUUAUUAUACAUGCAGUGUUUGCAUGAAAAUGUAAAACUGAAGGAUAACAUAGAAUAUGGAGUUAUGAAAGAUAUAAUGUGCCUUGAAAGAAAAGCCACAAACUUGAAGAGGUUAGAAUUUCCACCUAAUACGUCCACUGACUAUGCUGUAAGCCAUGAAGUAGAACCACAGUGUUCCAAAAGAGAAAAAAUGAUAUGCAUGAAGCAUAGAAAGGAUAAACCAGGUUCAGUUGUAAUAAAAGCAUGUGAACCCUUCUGUUUACCUCACUUCAAGUUGGAUAAAGAGAAAAUUGAUGUGAGCAUCUCAAGAAAUGUAAGACAAGAAAAGUACAAAUCACAGGAAGAGGAGUCUGACAUAAAAGAAAUGAAGAUGGCUGGAAUAACAGGCUCUAACAUUAUGUUAAAGACAAAGGAAUCAAUACUGUCUUAUUCAUCCAGUGGAAGGAGAUUAACUUUAGGCUUUGACACUACAAAACAAGGCAAAGUACAAGAAAUGUUAAGUAAAUCAGACAUGAAACAAACACAAUCUUUUAUUUCCUUACCAUGUCUAUCACAAUCUAAUUUAAAUACAGGAAUAAAAGUAGAAAAAAAUAAGUCAGAACUACUAAAGGACUGCCUUCCACCACUAAAGCCCCUGCUAUCACUACAAGGCAGAAAAGUACCAUUUUCAAAUCCAUUUAAUAGAGAUAAUUUAUGUGACUUAAUAGAAUUAAAUUAUCUUCCACAGAGGAAAGAAUAUAGGAAUAAUAUGCCACAUUUGAAAGAUAUAAUAACCCUGAAACAUAUUGCUCGGAAGGGGAAAAAGCCACCUUUUAAAUAUUUGCUACAUGAAAAGGAACCAUGGUGGGACAAUAAAAUACAAAAAUUUAUUCAGGGCAACAAAAAUAAUCUAGAUGUAGUUCAGAGUAAACCUUGGGAUUCUGUUCCUUCUUCACCUUUUCUGGAAUGGGAUCCUAAAACAAUGGAGGCGUAUUUAAGAGAAAUCACGAAGUUGUGCCUUGGAUCACCAGCAGUGUUAGAAUUGUCAGGUGCAAUGGGAAUGUACCGAGAGCUAACUGAUGGUGUUCUAAGGAGCAUUAAAAAAGCAAACCAUAUGCCGCUGAAAGAGAGAUUGCAGAUAGAGCCCAAGGAAGUAUUACAUUCAAGCAGACUAUCUUUGAGACAGAAACUGUCUUCAGCAUCACAGGAGUUACAAUAUAAUGCUGAAGAAAAGGAAAAAGGGAUACAGGGAUAUAAAAAAAUGAAGAAUUGGAACAAACCUUUCAUGCAUUCUCUUUCUUACUCUCACGUGGACACAAGACUAAAUGGAGAGGAAGCUAUGCAAAUAAAAACCCAAUCUUCUAGUCAUUGCUCAAAGCUCCAAAGACCAUCAAAUAUAAGGGAAAUUGUUUAUAAGAAGCCUGGUUUUGGACCUGUUUUGAACAGUGUAAAACAUUCCUUGGAAUAUGUAAUGCAGAAAGAAGAGAGUACAAAAACAGAAAAAGACAUCCAUUUGAAAGAAAACCAAACAGUUUCACAGAAAAUUCAGUUAGACAUCAAAGAGACAGAGCAAGAGCUACAAGAGCUAUGGAAUAAAGAUGAACUAAAUGCAGUUGCAACCGAUACCAGCACAUGGACACAGACAAAUGUAAAUGAAAACUUGGGACAUUUGCAGGAAAGAAAAUGCAAACUAGGUGACAGUUUGGCCUUGGCAUCUUUACCUCACAGUGAGUUGGGCAUAGAAAUAAUAGGGCAGGAAAUAGAAUCCUGUUCUCUGCUUUCACAGAGUAUGGAAUCUUCAGAUUCAGAAAAAUUAAAUUUUACAGCAUCUUCUUUGAAUGAUAACAUAAGUGGUACAAAAAGGUCAAGAUGCUUGUCAUCUAAAGAAGAAGAUGGAGUAAACACAUUUGAAAGAAUCACAGCGCAUCCCAAGGCCAAACAUGUGAACAUGAAGAAAUCACCCCUUUUAUGUGUGCCCAAAAUAAAAAGAUUCAAAGCGGAUCUUGAAGAGCAAAGUAAAAAGAAGCAUGAAAGUAGUAGGGAAAAAGUCAUGCCUCUGAGAGAAACAUGUUCUGCCAUCACUUCUUCAGAUGUCGUUAACUUUGACACAUCAGAGGAAGUUGAAACAGAAACAAUGAAAAGUCAUGUGCCUUACCCUGUGCUAAAAAUAUCAUUGUCUGUAGGGCAAAUAGGAUCUACGAAGACUAUUGCUAACAAUUUUAAUAAAAGAAAACUACCUUCACCAUGGGAAGAAGAAGAAGUACAAACCCCAGACAUUGAUAAUUUGACAUCCUCCAACAGCUCAAUUUGUAUGACAAAGAUAUCGGCACCUUCUCAUGUGUCCAGUGUCAAAAAACACAGAACUGAACUGAGCAAGAAAAGAACUCAUUGUUGGAAUAGUAAUGAAAACACAGGACGGAAACAAGAAAGGGCAAGACGCUGUAGUGAAGUUGCAACAAAACGUGAUGCUUCUAUACCAUUGCUUACAACAGGGCAAAUAGCACCCACAAACCAAAUUUCUACAUGUUCAAAAAAGAGGAAAAUUCUUCCCCCAGUGCAGAAAGAAGUGCAAACCCCAGCCACGGAUUGUUCAACACACUCUAGUGGCACGGUUUUAAAGGCAAAGAUAUCUGCACCUACUCACGUGUUCAGUCUAAGUGAGCGCAGUACCCCAAGAAAGAGGAAGACUCCCCAUGGGAAAAAUAAAGAACAGGUAAGACAGAAACAGGAAAAAGCAAGAACGUUUAAUGUGUUUGUAACAAAUAGUGAUUCUUCUGUGUCUUCUGGAGUGAAUAAAGAGAAAGAUAUACAGGGAAAAACACAAUUUUCUCUUCCACUAUCAGAGGUUAAAGAUAUAUCAGACUCAAACCGAAUAAUAUGCGUGAAACCGUCAGGUUAUGUGUUAAGGAGUGUAAAAGAAUCAACACAGGAAGAAGGAAAGAAUAUACUCAGAAAAGAGAUGAAAGAGGAAACGAUCCCCAAAUCAAUAGAUAAAAAGGUAAAGAACCUACCACGAUCAUACACUGUCAGUAUCAAAACGUUGCAGAGCAAAAUCCAGGGAGAAAAACUUUUAGAUCUGGCAAGUACAAUUGUAAAGUUGCAACUCAAGAAAUUUUCAGGUUCACAGACAGCUGAUAGAAAAGUUUACAGUGAGAUUAAAUUACUGAAAGAGCAUGUGCCCCAGAAAGAAAAGGCAGGUAAAAUAAGGCAUGUGGGUGUGAACAGUAGCAUAGUGCAUCCCAAAAAUAUACAUUUGAAGGCAAAGAGAUCAUCUGUUUUACCUAUGCAGAAUUUGAAUGACUUUCAGUGGAAAACUAGAAAGCAGGGGGGAAAGGUCAAAGAAGAUAGAAGUGAGCCACAAAUAACAGUAAUUAAGAAGUUGAGUGAGAUAACCACUGCUAUGUCUCCCCAGCCUAGUCUUAAUGCGAAUAUGGGAAUCAAAGAAGAAUGUGCACCAAUGUUAACAAGACCCUCUGUUUUAAUGGGACACUUACAGAAAUCAACAGAUUCUGAAAAAAGCAUUUCCAUUCAAUCAACUACUGGAAAUUCUUCAAGUAGUCAACACAGUGAAAAACAUUUGUCAGAGGAAAAGAAAGAAGUUGGAAAGCAAAUAGCAAAGCUCAUAAUAACCCACAAAUAUCUAGAAAUAAAAGCGCAGAAACCUAAAAAUGAACAAGGCUUGGCUUUGACUAAAUCUUCUUUAUCACAAGAUUUGCCUCAUCCCCAAUCGUAUGAGAAAAGAGAAUGCAGUAACACAAAACUGAGACUUAGAAAUCCUGCUUUGCAGAGAAUAUCAAUGAAAGGAGAAACAGUACCUAGAGAGGUAGGUAUCACUGUUGGUGAUACCAUGAAAGAUGUUAAAAAUCAUCAAACGCCUCAGAGAGAAGAGCCAUGUAAAAAAGAAAUAAUAGAAAUAACAGACAGGAGAGGCACAGAUAUAACUUUGAAAUCACGGAAAUCACUUCUGUCCCAGAAGCUCCACAGAACAGAACUGUACAUGCACAUUAAAGACCCCAAUCCAAAGAAGCAUGAUGAUAACAAAAAUGAAUCUCGAGUUUUGAGGAAAAUGUACACUUCCAAAGUUUCUCUAAGCGGUGUCACGCAGUGUAAAGGUGUACAAGUAGUUGAAGCAAACCAUCUUCUAGAUGGUUUAGAAAGCAAACCUUCUUGUCCACUCCCACAAAUUAUUCCAACAUUAUCAAAUGCAGAAAAAAUAACACAGAAAGAGGACAUGUGUACUCAUGUCGGAAAAGGAAAACAAUAUUCAAAACAGAUAGAAAAAACAGUAGACUUGACAAUUGAGGUGCCUGGCAAAAAGGCAAAGGUCUCACCAAUUUCAUGUUUUCUUAGUGCAAACAAAUUUGUCCUGAAUAUGAAGGUUCUGGAGAAAAAAGUACACAAAAAUAAAAGUGAACUCACUGUGGUUGCAUCACGAACUUUCUUGUCCAUACCAUCAGCCGGUUCUAAAUAUUCACAGGACAAAACACAGAAAGGCACAGCAGGAUUUAUAAAAUCCCAUCAUCCACAAGAAAAUUUCCAAGAACCAGCAGAUACCCAGAACACAGCAACCAGAGAGCUGAGUGAGGUUGAUUGUAAGUGUAUUUUCAAGGCACCAGAACACAAUGUGCUACUGAAACAAACCAGGCUACAGAAGUCAAAGUGUAUGACUAGGACCCUGCCAAUAAGUCAACAUCCACAUAUUGAAUCAGAUCGUCGUAAACCAAUCUCCCCACAUCAAAUUGAUUUCACAAAAUUAGGUGCCAUAAUAGGGCAAAAAGUGCUGGAUAUGUCCUUAAAAUGUCAAAAGGGUCAGCCAGGAAAAUAUAAAAAAGAACCUUCAACUAAAACUUUACAUUGCAAAAAGAAAAGUGAAAUCAAAGAUACUUUAAGUCAUGAAGCUAAGUUUCCAGUUUCUCGACUCUUUUUUUCAGAAAAGAUACCACUUAAAAAACUAAGCACUGUCCAUUCAAGUACAUCUCAAGAUAAGGGAAAGCAAAUUGUGAGGACGAUAGAGCAAGCCAAGCCUUCAGCCAAAGGUGAGCUACAGGUUAAGCCAAAAUCCUUUCCUUUUCAUAAUGUCCCAGUACCCAGCAGAAAUCAGUGGACAUCUUUACAGAUAAAUGUGGAUAAAAAAACUGUAGUGAACAUCAGUCCACAAACAUCGUCAGGGGUACUCAUGAAUACUAAGGAGAUGUGUGUCACAAGAAGGAAAGAAGAUCCACCAAUGAUUGUUCCUGCAGAGCAAAACCUUCUAGAACAAAAAUUGUCUCAAACAAGCAGUCUUAAUUCAUUGUAUGCCUAUAUUCCUAUUUGUCCUAAAAGCCAGAAAAUAAUAAAUCUGAAAAGAGAACUGAAACCCAAAUAUUCAACUAUGAGAAUUCCAAAGCACCCAAUUUCAAAGAUGCUUGGUAUCAUGGGAUGGAGUAGUCCAGGCAGGAAGAGGAAAUUAGAAUAUGCCUUCAACAAACCAAAAACCGUGGUUCCAAGGAGUAAAGAUACCUCUUCAGGAAUCAUUAUCAGAAGUCUUUGUGUUUCCAUGAUAAAUCCACUUCACAAUGAAGGAAUAGUUGAAUCAAAAACAAAUUCAUGCAGGGAUGUGAGAGUCAGUCCUUCUAAACUCCAGGAGAAAUUACCAGAUUCUAGAAAAAUUGAGGACAUUUUAAUACAUAGACACUCAUUUGACACUAUAGAAACUCGUCUGGGAAGAACCAUGAGAAUAGAUGUUCCAUCUCCGGGCCUACAGCCACUGUCUGAGACCCCACUAUUAGGUAAGAUGAGCGAAUGCCCCUUGCUUUCAAAGCAAGGGGAAGCUGUUCCAGGAACUAUGCCCACAAUAUUUCAAGAUAGAAAAAAUGAAGACAAAACACUUAUAGAACAUUUGUUUCCCAUUUAUAAAAUGCUUAAAGGCGUCUUUGAAGUCCCUGUAGAAAAUAAAAUCCAAAAACAAGUUCUUCCUGAAAGACCAGGGGAAUUAGAAGCCUACAAGCCCGGUGACGCAAAAGCACCUCCUUUGCCGGAGAGUCCAACCAUACCAAAAAUAUGUGCCUCAUUGCUACAUACGCCUCUUUUAAAACAGCUUACUCCAGAAUUAAAAAAUAAGCUUACGAUGCAUCUAAUUUGCAAAGCAACUGAGAUAAAAUUGAAUCAGAUACCAGAGAUAGUGAAAGCAUCCUUACAGAAGUAUGACUCUCACCCCGCAGGGACUAUUUCAGAAGAUCACAGUCACAAGUUUCAUCUGAAACCUAUAAAAACAAAAUGUAAGCCUCCAAAAGUUGAUAUAUGUGCCAACUUAAAAAACAAAUAUGAAAGAGAUUUUCCUCCUCUCAGCUGUGUAAAGACAUCAACAACUAAAGUUUCAAGUGGCAACAAGGGCAUGACAGAACCAAAGGACAUCAAAAAGCGAAAAAGUGUGACAUUGUCGGCAAGUUUGAUUAAUCUCCCCUUAACUCAUGUUCUCCACAAGUUCUCAAAGAAAGAAAAGGACAACCUUUUUAGGCAUCUUUGUACAAAAACAAUGGAGAUACAAACAAGGGGCCUUCCCAGAAUAGCUGCGCAAUCCUAUGCCUUAGCCAUUGACCAGGAUAAACCAAAACCCUUGUUUAAGUGUAUACAUUCUGCCACAAAAGUGCCAAAACGAACAAACAGAGUUGUAGUACUGUUUGAUGAAAAGUCUUUUUGUGAAAUUGACAGUGAUUUGCAACAUAAAUAUCUCCGCUCUCUCCCUAACCCUUCUGUCACUGUGGUCUCUACACCAAAGGCACUUCCCAAACACACUUCCAAGGUAAGUAAGUGUUCAGGCUCACCACGUAACAAAGUCGGUGGCAGUGCGGAAAGCAGUACUCUUUCCUUUGACAAAGAAAUUUUACAACAUGUUUCUUUCCCAAAGAUAAAUCCACAAGAAAGCUCAUUAUGCUUCAGAAACAUCCAGGAGCCAACUAAUUCAUUUUACCCUUGUCUACAAGGCACUGAACAAAAUGAUAUAAUUCUUUCAGAUUUAAAUUUACAGAUGACAUCAGAAAAAGAUAAAAAAUCCCAUGUAUGGUUUCAAAAAGCCAGUGCAUACAAGCAUUCUGUUUCAGGAACUCAGCAAAAUACUGCUGGUUCACAUUCAUCUUGGAUUUCUGACGACUGGACGAAGGUCCCCACAAAUACUGAGACUUCAACUGAGAUGGGCGAACAUGAAGCUCCUGAAGAAAGUAACAGCGAGGAAUGUGUGUUUAUAGAAACCAAUUUCUACUUAACUCAGGAUUCAGAAGACUUUCCGUCUGCGGUACCUAAUGCUGGUCCAUCGGCAGAUAUUCACAUAGGUGAUAAAACAACUUAUUUGAAACCACUUUCCCAUGAAGAUCCAAAGGACAGCCAUACUAGAACCCUUAGAAAACACACACCCCCUGUGGCACAACCUCUCUAUCAGCCUCAGCAUAGGAAAUGUAGGUCAAACUCCAAAAUGCAGCAUACUGACUGGUUGACUCACAAUUCAUCUAGUACUGUGGAAAUUGAGUCUACAUCAUCUUCCAUAACGUUCGAUAAUGGAAAGCACUGGACCGAGACCACAUGGAGUAGAACGAGCUUCUCUUUAACCUCCUUAACAACGGAGUCGGGUGUUAAAUUGAAUCUUGCAAAAAAACAUGGCAACUCUCACAUGAAUCCACAACUCAGUGACAGAAAGAAGGCUAGAUCUGAUAUAUAUGGAAAGUCCAGUGUCUAUCAGAGCUCACAUCACAGUCACUUACACAGUAAACAGAGGCAGACAAAGAAGAGACAAGCCCCUCAGAUGCUAGGGCCAAAUGCAAAUGCCCAUUGGCAGAACAUCAGAUUCUAUUCAGAAAGAAAAGAAAGCCAGCCCUUUUUUUAUGUCUGUGUACCAGCAGACUCAAUGGAUGUUAUUCCCCAAACCGUUCGCUGGGUUAUUCCCCCAAAAAUUUUACAGAAGAGAAACUUCCAAAUUCCUCGAGUAGCAAAUAUUUCAAAUUCUUGGAACUUCUGGAGUUCAUCCAAAAGGCUGUUGGAGUCACUUACAGGGGCCUUUAAUACAGUCCGUUAAUAUCAACUGCAUGUGGGUUCUUCUGAAUUGGAACACUGUUUGCUACUGUGAUAUUCUAUGAAAAUAAAAUAAUAGAAUGUCA